CAUCUCAUAAAUGCUAAACAGUCAAACAAUUUUUCGUAUCAACGCCUACGGGUCGUGAGCGUCAUGAACUCAUGACCGUCAUAAUCGAGUAUAACUAAUGCAGGUGCAUACGUGGGAGUACAGAGAAUAUCCGUAACUUAUAUUUACUUAUGUAUUAAGUAAAUUUAUUCACCUGUUCUUUUUUGAAAUUCUUUCCAUGAAUUUCUUUAGGCUGAAACUUAUUCGAGGGGAUCUUUAAAGAUAGAACUGUAUCGUUUUGUUUUAUUAGACAUUCCUAGAACAUCCGCGCCACGAGCUUUAAUGAUGACCAAGUUAUUUUCAAGUUUUCCUUUAUUUUUUCUUGUUUAAUAUUUAUAAAAAGUAUCAUUACAGUUAUAUGUAUUACUGCAUAAACAUUUGUCCCAUAAAAAAUGGAUAAUAUUUCUUGUAGUGGCGAGAGACAAAAAAAAGAAUGAAAGAGCUUCGAUAGGUUGUUUGAAAAAUGGAGUUGACAACUUUCAACAAUCUUUCAGUACAUUCUAAACCAAUGAAAAUGAGCUUCUCGUGUUCUUCGCUGCAACGCUCUAGCGAUAGUCUAGAGAGUCCUGACCAUGCGAAAAUAAGAAUUGACAGACCAUACAGCAGUCUUACGAAGAAAAGGAAAGAUCCCAAUCAAGAAACUUGUCAACGAACUUGGAUCAAUCGUGAUGACUGCAAGGAUGAUUUCUGGGCAGCUAUUCGAUCUAAUUAUGAUUAUAUUAUGGAUACAAAUCUCAUCGAUAGUUGCAAGGAAGCUAAUGGAGAGCUCAUUUGGGAUGAAGGUGAUGUUUCUACAUUGUCAUGGGGUUUGAAAGAAGUUAGUUGUCAAUUUUCUGAACUGUAUACAUGGCUUGGUGUUCUACAAGAACUAGUUUAUUCCAAAGAAGAAAAUCUUCUAGACAAAAGUCUUCGUGCUGCUCAUAUGGAGGAUUUAAAACGAAAGGCUUAUAGACGACGAUUAUUUAAUGACCAAGCUGCCAAAUUAGUGGCUCGCACUCCUUCAUUAAAAGAUGAAGUAGCUUGGCGAGUUGAUCAUUUAAAUGCAAAAUGGGAACUUGUAGAACAAAUAAUGGCACCAACACAACCAGCUUCUAACCAACAGGAUGUCUCUGCUGAUUUUGAACAUGAAGUCAAGUGUCUGAGAAAAUGGUUACGAGAAAUGGAAUCUCGUUUGCAACCGUUAAGCUUUCGGGUCAAUUGGACGAUACCAGAGUUGGAGGAAAAGGCAAAGGAGCACAUGGUUCUACAAAAAGACAUCGAAGCACACGGUAGAAUAGUGAAUUCCAUCGUAAAAUUGAGCGAAAGAGUAGCAAAGCAACACAAGUUAUCAUCAUUAUCAUCAUCAAAUCAAGAGGAUCAAUCAAUUCGUCAGGUUCAAGCAAUUCGAGUAGCUCGAACCUUAGAACGCCGUUGGCAUCUUCUCUUUUUGCGUGCUCUAGAAUGGCAAUGUCAUAUCGAGACUUUAGCUACACGGAUUCGUAAUAAGAGUAUAGUGCCAUGCCGAUGUAGCAGUGAUAGUGAUGAAGAGCCAGUAACCAAGCAACCACGCUUGAGUCGAAGACAAUCUCGAGAAUCUGGCAACGGAGUCGGUCGUGGUCACAUUAGAAAAUCGAGUCUAACAAAACGUGCGAUUCCAUCAAGACGGCGAAAUCGUGAAGCUGGUGUUACUUCGAGCUGUUCCGACAGCGAUAUGUCAUCUGGAAGUCGAAAUAACGACGAAGAAUCUUAUUUUGAGGACGACUUAGAACAGUUUUCAGUUACGGAAUCGAAAGUUCUAAUUGGCCAGAACAUUGAUCAACGUUCUGAUUGUGUAGAACACGGAGAUCAAGGUGAGGAAGGUGAUAUUGAAGAAGGAGAAGCAACAGACGACGAAAUGCCUCCGACACUUGAUCCGGUAACCACUUCAGUAACUGAUGAAAUUGAUGGUAUCACCAAGAACACACAUGCGGUUUCCCAGGCUCCAUUACAAAACUCUAAGAUUUUUGAUGAAUACUCCAGUUACAAUACUUCUGAUCGUAAAUCUAAAAAUUAUGCUACUUUUUAUUUCAAACACCGAGAUACUGAUUCAGAAGCCGAUGUGGACCAGAAUCAGAAUGAAAAUGAAUGCGAAAAUGACAAUGGAGGAAAUGUUGAAGAAUCUUCAGAAGAAGAGUGGACUUAUACAGCAACAUCGCCAGUAGAAAAGAAUUCAGUGGUUACGAUGGAAAAGAAGAGAACUAACGUAGUUGUUCGUUUGGAUUUUGGUGAAACAACUGUUGAGAAAAUAAAUAAUUAUGAGUGUACAUUGGUUGAAGAAGAAAAUUCAACACUCAAAGAGAAUAAAAAUGAAUUGGAAAGGAAAGAGAAAGAAUUGAAACAAUCAGAAGAUUGUGAAAGUGAAGAUGAUACGCGGAAUAAUAUUAAAAAAUUAAUUUCUGAUGUUGAAAAACUUGUGAGUGAAGAGGGCCGUAAUAAAAUUUCCAAAAACUUCCCCGAACUUUUUAUCCGGAAUUCAAGCCAUCAGGAUCAUCGUGCCAAGUAUUCAAGAGUUAAAGAAUGGCUCAAGGUCAACUCAAGACAUGAGAGUGAAGAAAAUAGUCCAUCAAAGAAUUGGCAGCCAUUGGAUAGCUGUGAUGCAAGCGGUGAAUAUACAACAGGAGAGUCAGAUAUAGAAAAACAAUCGGAUUCUUCAGAAGAUUUACAAAGCAGCAUUGCGACCUAUCGGCUUGGAUCUGUGUCACAUUCAGUCUCUCAAGAAACAUUUAAAGAAUCAGAUAAAACAUCAGCAAAUGAAGGAAAUAAUUUGAUAACUCCAGUCGACGCGAGUACUCCUCGAGUAAUUAUGCGAACAAAGAAGAAGUCUAACGGUCCACGACCGUGGAGUGUUUCUUGUGUGUUUGGACAAAUGAAUUCAAAUGUCAAUGCGGAUAUCUCACAAUUUUCUAUUUCUGAAACUGCUUUGCAUCAACUUGUUACAAGUCCACCAACUAAAUCUGCUUCUUUAGAUGCUACAGAGUCCAAUGCUGAUUUGAACAAUUCAUCGACAACAAUGUUGGAAGAGUCAGGACGUUCAGUUCGUAACAGUUCAUUGAGGAAGAAAAAAAUGAAGUUACGAAAGAAGACCUUGAGUCGCAAAAGUGAAUCUGGUUCUGAUGGAAUUAAUGGUAUUUCCGGUGGAAGUGAUGGAAGCUCAAGUCAUCAAAAUCGCUCAACUAGGAAACAAAGUGAUAGUCGUAUGCGAUUAAAGAAACUUGACUGUCAUCGUUGCGUAGUGUCGCUUGUAACUCAUGGCUCGACAAUCGCGUGUCACUUACACAAUGAAGGUAUUGACAAAGGCUAUGUUGGAAAUCCACCACCAUCAAUUAAAUUAACUUGCUGUACACCGGAUCCAUCGUCGGGUGACACUGAAGAGAAUAUCGCCUGUCGAAAGCGGAUUUUCAUGAAUGAUAUUAAUAGAAAACAGUUAAUCAGUCCGAUUGAUAGUGACAUCGAGAAGAAUAGUUUGGGAAAUAAUUCAUUUUCUGAACAAGCAUGGGAUAGUUAUCAAGAAAAAUAUAUGAGCGAACCUUAUAGUGAAGUAGCAGAUGUUGAAACCGCUCGCAAACUUCUUGAUUUCGGAGAUGAUUAUCGUAACUUCUUGGACAGCCAAUCUGAUUGUGCUUCAAGCUUGAGUGCAGUUCGAUGCUACUCUCCUUUAUUGCUCAACAAAAGAGUUAACUCUGAAAAUAAGAGUAACUCUUCAGAAGACAGCGAUAGUGAUGCUGAGAACUAUCGACGUGUGGUCGAAAAAUCUUAUAAUAAAUUACUAGUCAUGGAAAAUUAUUUUUCUUGUGCCAACAAUAAUUCGAAAAUUAUUCAGGACAAUAUCGAUGUCAAAUAUAUAUGCAAAGAAAACAUCAAAUGUCUGCAAAUGUUGGUGGAACCAAACAGGACAAUUGGUGGAAAAAAUUUAAAACAAGUUCGUGGUUUAACUGAAAGAUGGAAAAAUUUGUCUCACAAAGUGGAAGAAAUCCAAAGAGCUAAUGCUCUUCAACGAGAAAUAGCAGCUUUACACUUAGAAUUCAGAGCCCUUGGUGAAAAAUUGAUUUCAUAUGAAAUUGCUAUAGAGCCUGCACAUGUCCUUGAAAAUAAUAUACACCAAAUAACGACGGAGCUGGCUACACUAAGGGAACGUAAGAGUGCGAUGUUGGCGCUCAAUGUCUCGGCCCACAGACUUAUCACAGACCUCGGAGCCGCAGCAACUUCUGUAUCUAUUUCACUGAAAGACGGGGUUGCCGAUCUCUACAGAGUUUGGGAUGAGACUUAUCAAAGGGGUAAUCAACAGUUGUGUGCCUUACAGUCAGUCCAGCAGUUCAGUGCUCGUCUUUCAGAGUUACAAAGUGCUCUUCGACGGGAUAAAGAUACUCUAGCUGUAUUAGAUGCUGCUCUCCAAGCUGGAGCGACUUCAGAGGUUGCUUCUUCCGUUCGCGAUGUCGCUAGAUUGUUAUCCGAGAAGCAAGAUGUAAAUUGCGAGGAUCAAGUGGUAAUUAAAGAAGAUGCAUUGACACCGGUAUCCGGAGAAAAGUUUCUUGAAGCUGGAGUGACGAGUUUGGGUCAAGAGUGUGGAACAUUUUCAGACUCGGGAAUUUCAGAUAGUGGAAGUGAGCAGGAAUUAAGUGAGCGUGAACGUCGAUUGGCUGCAUUGCGUAGAUUGACUCGCAGUUUAGAGAAUCAGCUUGCACCAGGAAGCGAAGCUUUAGCGGAAUUAUGGCGCAGAGUUGAAGAUGCUGAAGUGGAACUCCGAAAUUUACAGAAACAAUGUCGAGAGCUUAUUGUACGCACGGCUGCAAGUGUUGAAGCUAAAGUUGCCUCGUGCAAUUCUCAAACCAAACAUUUGACCAGCAAACGGAAGAUGAGAUCAGCUGAUGAUGCAGAACCUUUACGUAAGUUGAAUCAAAUUAAUGGUAUUGCAACUGAUGAUCCUGAAGAUGAUCCAAAUAUUUCCCAAAAUUGGAUUUGGAGAAUUUUAAGAGCAGCUCUACCUUUCCAAUUAGCAAUUGUGGCUUUAUUCUGUGCUGCUUGUCUAUUAGAACCACAUUGCUGUGAGGCAUCAAAUAAUCUUAAUCUUUCUUUCACUCCUCAACUACGUUAUGUUCGUGGUCCACCUCCUAUUUAAAGUUAAAGGUUUCUUUAAUUGACCUUACAAUUUUAUAAUUAAUUUACCAUUAUUUCAGUUGGUAUAUUUAUAGAGCAUUUUAUAAAUAUUGUGUUUUAAACGCAAUUACAAUAAUUUAUCAUUUAAGACUGAAUUUGAAAGAGAAGGCAAAUGCCUCACGAUACAUUUUUUUCUCAGAAAGGGAACGAAAAAAAUAGUAUUUUCGUACUUAUUUAUUAUCAGUAAGUGCUGAUAUAAUUUUUUUUAUUUAAAUCGUCAUUAAUAUUUAAUGAUACAGUGUUGAAUUAAUUUUUGUUCAACAUAUAUAUGUUGUUCAGCAUCAUUGGCAAAGAAUGAUGACAAUUGUUUCAGAAAAUACAUACCGAUUGAGGAAUGUUUUUUUAAAAACUUUUUCUGUAGGGCAUGUAAAUAUUCUUUAUGUAUUAUUUUUUUUUGUUAAUUAUAGAUUUGCAGAGUUUUUAUUUUAUGUUGCAUGCUGUAGAAGAUAAUCUGAUAGUUUUCAGUUUCUUCUCAUAGAUUUUACGAUAAUUUUUUUAUAUCAUAUUUACAAAUAAUAUUAAAGAUCAAUAUUAUUAUGAUCACAAGAAGCAAGAAAAUAUUAAACAAUAAAUAAGAAAGCAAUUUAGCUUUACUGAGAAUAUAAAAGUGACAUGAAAAAAUUAAAAUAUCAACUAAAUAAUUAUCAUUGACAAAUACUAUCUAUCAAUGAUGUAAACAAUGAAACGACAUACUAAUGAUUGCUGAAUAUAUGCUCAUUUUUAUUUUUCUUAUCAGCUAUAUUCAGUACAUGAAAUAAAUUCACUCAAGUGCCCAGAAAAUACGUCCAAUCUUUAUUAUCCCUUAUAUAUAUUUAUAAUGAAUGAGGAUAAUAAUUAUAAGAAGGAAAAUCCUUCGAAGAAAAUGAAGUAAUAAUUUUUCUACUUCAUACUGUUUGUUGAAUACGUACUUUUCUAACUUAUUUAUUGUUAUUUUAUUCAUUUCUAUCUUUCCAAUCACUCCAAGUGAAUUAAACACAUGAGUUGAAAUCCUUUGCAGACAUGAUAAAAAUAAUUUUGAAUUUCUUCAAAAUACCUGUAAGACUUAUGAUAAAAACUAUGUUAUCAAAUUAUUUUAGCCUCUCUAGAGUUCUUAUUCUACUUAAUUUGAACCAGAAUAAUAUUAAAAUCAAAUAAUAUUGUGCCUGAAAAAUUUUAAGGAUAUUUUUCCUUAUGAAAUUUUCAUCUACACGUAAGCUAGAGAAAUCAAUAGUUUUAUGUGUGCUUAAGAAUUUAUUAUUUAAAAUAAUAAGUUUCAAUUUUAUAGUUAUAUUUUAACUUGUAGUUAAAAUAUGAAUCAUGAAUUUUCUUAUGCAUUUUUUAAAAAGAGUAUAAUUCGCCAGUAAUAGGUGAUUUAAUCACAUUUAUUGAUGAUACUUAUCAAGUAAUUUAAAUUUGAUGUUUAAAGGUGUAUUUUCAGAUUUUUUUUAAGAGUAUGAAUAAAAAGUAGUGCCUGAUUGAUACAAGAACUUUUAGUUCUGCCUCGAUAGAGAGUGUCAUGCAAUAAGGAGUGAAAAAAAAGAAAAAUAAAUAAAAAUAAUAAACAAGGAAACUUAUGUUUGAGCUUUUUAUAGAGUCUUGAGUAAGUAAAUUAAAAAGCUAUUUUUUAAUUGACAGCUUUAUAUUUAAUAUUAAAUAUGGAACAUUAUCAUGCACAAUAUAUUGCAUUUUAUCAAAUAUUUAAAAAAAUAUGUAUGUAAGCGUGAGUUUCAGUUGAUAAUGGUUAUAAACCAUAUAAUUUUUUUUGGCUAGGAUUUUAAAUAAUCAAAAAUUGCAAAUUUAUUUCUGAAUAUACGUAUGCAUUUUUUUUAAAAUCAUGAUAAUGUGUAUAAAGUACCUGAGAUUUCAUAUAACCUACUAUAUAUUAGGAAUAUUUAUUUCUUUUGAAUAAAUAGCAGUAAUAUUUUUCAUAUGAUCAAAAGAGUGAUGAUGGAGUUGAUGAUGAAACAAUUGUAUUGAGCUUAAUUCAAUGAAUUGAAUGCAUUUUUUUAAUUGAGUUUAUCUGAAUAAGAGAAAAGAGAAAAAUAAUUGAAAAAAAUAAAUAUAUCUGUGUAUUAUUAAAACUAUUACUGCCAGCAUUAUAAGGCAUUUUCAAUCAUUUUAAGCGUAAAUUAUUAAGAGCUUAAUAAUGCAUGAUUUUCAUUACAUAAAGUAUAAUCAUUAUUGUCUAGAAUGGUUUAAAAGCUAGUACUUGAGAAUAUUUUUCAAUCAUUCACUAUGACAAUUGUCAAAGCAUUUGAUCAUUUAGAUAUUUAAUAUCUU